ACACACUCUUUAUGCACGCACACGUGUGCGAGCGCGCGCGCGCGCACACACACACACACACACACACACACACACACACACACACACACACACACACACACACACACACACACACACACACACACACAGGGUGAGGGAGUUUCGGCAGCCAGAGAGAGAGAGAGAGAGAGAGAGAGGGAGAGAGAGAGAGAGAGAGAGAGAGAAGCCCAGAAACAGAAAGGUACACAGAAGAGAAGAGUGGACGACAGAAAGUAAGAGAAGCAGAAAGAGGACGGUGGCUCCAGAGCAUCUCCAGCUUCACUCCUCACGGAUCUUAAACACUUCACAUCCCUGCUGCUGGCUCCAGAGAAUUAAAACUUUUCAGUUUUCUCUCACUUUUCUGUUUUUUUUUCUGGUUGGAGUUGACACACAGACGUGAUUCCUGGAAGAGUUUUCCUUCACUUUCCCCCUAAAGUCUUUCCAUCCAUCGAGAAGUUUUUAAAAAGUGAAGCUCCAGAGCUCCGCUUCACUUUUUCCACGUGUUUGACAGAAAAACACUGAAAUUUUUGCUCGCGUUCAACUUCAAGUCAGUGAGCCAAAAACUGAGACUAAAGAUGAGAUUUCAAACAUCAGGACAGUCCCCAGCCACGCGUGAUUCUCGUCCUGAGUGUUUAAAUAAUUAAAGCUGAGCGACUCUUUCAUGGUUUCACUGUGAAGCUGACAGAGUCUGGAAGUGCAGCUCACCUGUAGCAUCUCCUCCUCAUCCUUCUGUCCGAGGCGCCGCUGUGAUUCUGAGACAGAGAUGCAAACUAUCUGAGAGGGAAAACUCCGCACAGUUCAUUCAUUCCGUGAACACAACCGCCUCUUGUCACUUUGGGUGCGUAAAGGAGCGCUGCACUUUUACGCAAAAAACCCAACAACAAACAAAUAAACUUUACAUCCAGCUAUUAAAUACACCUCCCCGGGGAUCCACAUCUGCAACUUUUUGUCACAAAUCUGCAGCUUAAACUCGACUUUGAGCAGAUUUUUGGAGCUCCAGAGGGGCCGCUCUCCAUCACUAUGCUGUUCGACAGCUUCGACCUGGUCUCGGCUCUGGCCACUCUGGCCGCCUGCCUGGUGUCCAUGGCGCUGCUGCUCGCCGUCUCCCAGCAGCUGUGGCAGCUCCGGUGGACGGCCACCAGGGACAAAAACUGCAAGCUGCCGAUGCCCAAAGGAUCCAUGGGCUUCCCGUUCAUCGGUGAGACCUGCCACUGGCUCCUGCAGGGUUCGGGCUUCCACGCGUCGCGGAGACAGAAGUACGGCAACGUGUUCAAGACCCACCUGCUGGGUCGACCUCUGAUCCGGGUGACGGGCGCCGAGAACGUCCGGAAGGUCCUGAUGGGCGAGCACACGCUGGUGAUGGUGGACUGGCCUCAGAGCACCUCCACGCUGCUCGGACCCAACUCGCUCGCCAACAGCAUCGGAGACAUCCACCGCAAGAGGAGGAAGGUGUUUGCCAAAGUGUUCAGCCAUGAGGCCUUGGAGUCCUACCUGCCAAAGAUCCAGCAGGUGAUCCAGGAGAGCCUCCGAGUGUGGAGCUCCAACCCCGACCCCAUCAACGUCUACAGAGAGAGCCAGAGGCUGUCGUUCACGAUGGCCGUCAGAGUUCUGCUGGGAUUCAGGGUGUCGGAGGAGGAGAUGAGGCAUCUCUUCUCAACCUUCCAGGACUUCGUGAACAACCUGUUCAGUCUGCCUAUAGACCUGCCCUUCAGCGGCUACAGGAAGGGCAUCCGUGCACGAGACACCCUCCAGAAAAGCAUAGAGAAAGCCAUCAGGGAGAAGCCGCUGUGUUCCCAGGGGAAGGAUUACAGCGACGCGCUGGACGUCCUGAUGGAGAGCGCCAAAGAGAACGGCACCGAGCUCACCAUGCAGGAGAUGAAGGAAUCGACCAUCGAGCUGAUCUUCGCCGCCUUUGCCACCACUGCCAGCGCCAGCACCUCACUCAUCAUGCAGCUGCUCCGCCACCCUCAGGUCCUGGAGCGUCUGAGGGAGGAGCUGAGGGCCCGGGGCCUCCUCCAUAACGGCUGCCUCUGCCGCGAAGCAGAGCUCCAGCUGGACACCAUCGUCAGCCUCAAGUACCUGGACUGCGUCAUCAAGGAGGUGCUGAGGCUCUUCACACCCGUCUCUGGCGCUUACCGGACCGCCAUGCAGACCUUCGAGCUAGACGGAGUCCAGAUCCCAAAGGGCUGGAGCGUGAUGUACAGCAUCCGGGACACCCACGACACCGCCGCCGUCUUCAAGGACGUGGACGCCUUCGACCCGGACCGCUUCAGUCAGGAGCGAGGCGAGGAUAAAGAGGGACGCUUCCACUACCUGCCCUUCGGCGGGGGCGUCCGAUCCUGUCUGGGGAAGCAGCUCGCCACCCUCUUCCUCCGCAUCCUAGCCAUCGAGCUGGCUAGCACCAGCCGCUUCGAGCUGGCCACUCGACAGUUCCCCCGCGUGGUCACGGUACCGGUGGUCCACCCGGUGGACGGGCUGAAGGUUAAGUUCUACGGCCUGGACUCCAACCAGAACGAGAUCAUGGCCAAGUCGGAAGAGCUCCUGGGAGCGACGGUUUGAAGGGCAGAGGGCCGAUGAGUAGGUGGAAGAGGGUGAGUGAUCGAAGAAGAUUGAAGGAAGGAAAGAAGGAAUUUCAGAAUUAUUUUUUCUUCUCCACCUUUGUUCUGCCAAGUUGGAGGUUCCUUUUCAGACUAAAAGAAAAGCAGAAGUCUUCGUCUCUUGUUACAGCUGAUGAUGAUCGGGACUUUCCUUUAAGAAAGGAAGAAGCUGCCAAAAAAGUUCUUAAUUAUGCUCUAUUCUGUGUAUUUUUUUAAAGAAAUAUACAAAACAAAAAGUAUGUACAACAAGCUAUGUAAUAUAAUUUGAAAAGAGAAUGUGGGUAGUGCACAAAGGGAGAGAGAGAAGUACGGUGGUACUUUUGAAGUUUGUUGGAAAGUAAAGACGGUUGUGGGAGAAGUGAGAUGGAUGAAACAGGGUAUAGGACGAAAGAAGAUGAUAUUCUAGCAUUUUGCUUGUGCUUAAUCAAAAUCAACCAACCAUUUCAGUUGUCUAGCAGGGUAAAAGAGACGGAUAAAGAAACAGAAAGCUGGUCAUUUAGAGCCAGAGUUUGUAAAAGUGCCGCCCAAAUUCAACUUUUUGUCUUAUUUGAUUAGUAUUUUUAAAAAUGGCAGAGAUCUGUGUUGGUUUUUAUCAGGUGUUUUCCAUCAAAAUUCAAAUUGUUUACUAGAAUACAGAUGCAGGUUUUGGCACAGUUUGGCUCAUUUCCUCAAGCUAACGUAUCACGAUGCAGUAAAGACAUGGAGUGGGAUUGAAUUUAUACUGUAGCUAGCUAGGGUCAACUAUCAAUGCAGACAAAAGCAUCGUAGUUUAGAUAGGGAAGACAUGGUGGCUGGAUGUUCUGGACUCUUUGAAGGGAUGUACAUGGGCAACCUCACCUGCUGCUUUUUCAUUGAUUUUUUUAACCCUUCAGUCUUAAAAUUACCUCAACUUAUCUGCCAUAAGCUUCUCAAAGGUCUAGUACUAGAAAGAAAAUCAGAUACGUAGAGGUUCAGGACUUUUGUUCAGCGGUUUGUAAGAAAAGUUCAACCGCAGAACAGAAAUUUAGAGUCUUUAGAGGUUGUAACUCUACGUUUUGAAGAUUUGUUUGAAUCCAGACCCUAAACACAGAAACUACAAGUCUUUAUUUGAUUCCCAAAUUCUACAUUGAACUGAGAUGUUGCUCAUCUGCAUAAAUUCAAAAUGCUGCCCACAUACAGCAAACCCAAAUACUCCUGAUGGCGGGUAAACUCAGGUGCAGACUAGGCGUUGAAAGGGACAACGAACCACCUUUUACUUUGUGAUAUUUAACUCUGACUGUACGUUGUUGUAGUUUCAGAAAUGGACCGACUACUUUCUGACUGGAAUACAUAAAAAAUUGACAUGGGGGGGGGUUCAAACAACAAUUACUUUGAGCACCUGCCAUCAGUAAUUUGAUGGUAGAAGCAGAAAAAAAUGACAAAAACUUGGCAUCAAUCGAGAUCAAACCAACUAAAUCCACGUCUAAAGUAAUCCGGUCCAGAUCUGCUCUGUAAAUUCUCUGAACCUGAACUCUGGUUUCUACACCACCACUUCCAAGCUGCAUUGAGACGUCUCAGAUCUGAGGAGUCAUGAAGGAGAACGGACGGAGGGACGAGGUGGAGAAGACCUACAUACAUGCUGCUUGAGUGCCGCUUUGUCAUUCCGUGUUCGUUUACUUGUGUGCUGUUCGUAUUUUACUCGGGGCGGCCAUUUUGAGUUCUGUGGAGAAGGCAACGUUUUGUCUUUGCUGCUCCUCUGAUCAACACUAAGAAUGCAAAAACAAAAUAAAUCGGACGGUUUGAGUGACUUUACGAGCUAGAGGAGAUUCACGGCUCCGGGUGAUUGCACAAUCGGAACUCUCGGAAAAAUCCCGUUCUUUUUCCCGAACAUGGAAAACUUCCACGGCGGGACUCUGGGACUUGUUAGUGGACAUUCUUGAAUGCUCGGAUGGAGUUCUGUGUUUAAGCUCGAGAGAGAGAAAUGGACCAAUGAGGUUUCAGGGGAGGGCAGGGUCACACUCAGAGGGCUUUUCUUAUUGGACGAUGCUGCCGUCCAAUAGUAUUCCAGACGGACUCUGCCUAUCACUCUUUCUACCAACCACACCACUGAUUUCUUCACGAUAAAAAAAGAAAAAAAUAUGAAAAGAAAGUUUUUUUUGCUGCUUUUCUUGUGUACAUUUUCUAAUUGAGAGUUCUAGAUUGCAAUAGUUUGUAUCGAGUGAGAUUUGCUAUUUCUUUCCCUUUUAUAUAUAUAUAUAUAUAUAUAUAUAUAUAUAUAAAUAUAUAAAUAUAUAUGAAAUUUAGCUGAUUAAAAUAUUUGCAUUUUGUGAAAGCAAAAAAGAGCAUAAAUAGGUUAUAUUAAUUUGUACAAUAUUCCUUCCUUUAGCAAGCCAUGGGGAAAAUCAGCUAUUUACGUCUACUAAUAACCUAAUAUUAAUGUUAUUGUACGAUUAAUAUUGUUGUUAUAAGAUAUUUGAAAUGCUAUUUUUUAUUCUAUUACAGAUUUAGAGUUUUUAGCCUAAAUGAGAAGGUCUUUGGUAAAUAUUGGAUGUAUUUAGAAUGUUAUGUAUUUCAAUUAUAUUGUAAACAGUGUUUAAAAUGUUAAUAUUGUUGAUUUUAUUACUGUAAUAAUUAUUAUUUGUUUUUGUUAUUCAGACUUAUUAUCACUGCAUUUAUUUGAUUUUAUUAAUUAUGGAAAACAGAAAGCACUUGCGAGGUAUGUUUUAUUUUUUCAGUGCCAUCGACUACACAUCCCUUCCUCUCACCUGUCGGUUUCUCAACCUGUCUUAUGUCAUUCUGUACAUAUUUGUACUUCUUUUUGCAAGAAAAAAAUGUUCCUUUAGUUUAAAUAUGUAUGUCUUGUGCUACUUUCUCCCUUUCCUUUUUUUGUUACCGUGAUUUUACUCCUGUAAUAAACUAUACAGUGAAAAAGAAA